GCCAUAGCUCUGACGUAGCUUUCGGUCUCGCUCGUGCAACUGCUACCUGGAGCUUCGACAGCGCACGCCGACCGACCUGAAGCCCCUCCCGCGCAUCGCACAAACGCCAUGACGCUGCUGGCUUCUCUGGAAUCAACAUGACCGAAGCCUCGCCGGACGCCGGCGACAGAGAGACGCAGCAUGCAGUCUCCAGCCCAACGCCCAACGACGCCGGCCCAACAGCGACAGACCAGCUUGCCGCCGACCAUCCCGCCGACCAACCCACCGACGUGACACGGCACGCCGACGACAGUACCUCGGCCCUCACGAGCGAUGGCGCUGGCGGUAGCACUAGCAUAAAUACCGGCGACGAGGCAGAACAAGCAGCUCCCAAAGCAGCCGAUAAAGACGAGGGUAGAAAGGAGGGAGGAAACGACGGCGCCAACGAUGGCGCCAACGACGACGACGACGAAGAGGAUGAGGAAGACGAAGACGAAGAUGACGACGAAGACGAGGAUGACGAACCGAAGCUCAAAUACGCUAGGCUGACACAGCAUUUGGGACCCGUCUACCGGAAUGGCGACGCCACGAGCUCCUUUCUGGUUUCUGGAGACAAGAUGAUCAUGGGAACGCACAACGGCAAUAUCCAUAUUAUCCAACUGCCCGUCUUCCAGCCGCUCCACGUCUACCACGCCCAUUCUGCAUCCGUGACAUCUUUAUCGAUAUCUCCCUUUCCCGCCCCGCUCCCAACUGUCAAGUCAGAGGCAGCCGCGCGGGGCAUCACCCAGUCUGGGGCCAACACCCUCCGACCGGGCACAGGAACGAGCCAAGCUCCAACCUCGCCUGCCGCUGCAAGGAGGCCGAAGGAGCGUCCCGCUGUUCCAAACACCCCGGCGAAUAACAUAUACAUAGCAACGUCAUCGAUGGACGGGAAUGUCUGCGUGCAGUCACUGAUUGAUGUCAAGGAUGUGCAGCUUCGAAACUUUGCUCGCCCGGUACAGGCAGUUGCCCUCUCACCAGAGUACAAACACGACAGGACUUAUCUCUCUGGCGGGCUGUCUGGACAGCUCAUUCUGACCGUCGGUGCGCCUGCGGGCCGGAGCACUGCAACGACCACAGGCGCUACUGCGCAGGCUGCUGGCUGGUUGGGCAACAUGGUGGGAGCCACUAGCGGCAAGGAUACUGUCUUGCAUUCGGGCGAGGGCACCAUCAAUACUAUCAGGUGGUCAUUGUCGGGCAAGUAUGUGGCAUGGCUGAAUGAGCACGGCAUCAAGAUUAUGCGCACAAAACUGCACCUCGAGAGUGCCGAUGCAGAGGAUGCCUGGAAGCGCAUUGGCCAUAUUGACAGGCCGCAGACGGACGAAUGGGAGACCAUGGCCAGUGUGUGGAAAGGCAGAGUCGAGUGGAUCGAUGAGCAGGCCAUCGAGCCCGACGAGACUGACAAAGAUCGCCAAGCAGCGCCAUUGUCACCCGCAGCGGAAAGGCUCAAGCAACAGCAGUUGAAGAGCACUAAAAAGAUUGAGCGCUUGCUCGUAGGUUGGGGUGGCACCAUCUGGAUCAUCCACGUCCAUCCCGGCAGCAUUGGGUUCGGCAAAAACGCCGGGGAAAGGUCUGCUGGACGGGCAGAGAUCGUAAAGAUACUUCGCAUGGAUUGCAUUAUUUCCGGCAUCUCGUUAUAUACCCAGAACCUGUUAUUAGUACUUGCUUUCUGUUUUCCUGAUAAGGAGGAAGAGGAGGAGAGCGGAGAGAGCAGCUCUCGCGGUCACAAACACACAUUAUCCACAGCAUCUACCGGGAGCGAGCCGUCGGGGGGCAUACGCCGCAAGCAAAACAACCCGCCACCGGAGUUGCGGCUGAUUGACCUCACAUCACAAGCUGAGGUCGACAAGGACGGGCUCAGCGUGAGCCGCUUCGAGCGGCUGUCCUCGAACGACUACCACCUCGGCGUUUUGCCAGCGCAGACUGUGGCCGCGGUGGCAUCGACUCGCGGAGCUCUAGAGACUCUAGCGGGGCUUGGUAGCGAGAUGCUCAACGUUGCCUUCAACCCCAGGUCGCUAUUCAACUCGGGAGCCAGCGUCAAGAGCAACGGUAGCAAUGAUGGGGGUUCUGGGUCCAAGAUUACCCCUACGUCGAGCAACGUAGCGUCCUCACUGCGCAAUGGGCGCGGCUCUGUCCACCCGAAUCUGGCCAAGCCCGGGGUCAAGAUCUUCCUCCACAGCCCGUACGACUGCAUCUUAGCAACAAAACGUGACCUAGGAGAUCAUCUGGCGUGGCUUUUAGAGCGCCAGCAUUAUCAGCAGGCCUGGGAGUUGGUUGACGAGUACCCGGAGGUCAUGUCAAGCGUCGAGAAACAUUCUGACGUGUCCCCCGCGACUCCAGACCGGACACAGACCUCAGACGACUUCUUCGACGACACUUCGUCGGUCAUGGACGGCAUGCGGUCUUUCUACUCGUCGGCGGAGAAGGAAAAACGCCGAAUCGGAGAAAUGUGGGUGCAGGAACUCAUCGAAGCUGGCGACUGGGCUCGUGCAGGUCGGGUCUGCGGCAAGGUUGUAGGCUCACCAGACCGAUGGGAGAAGUGGGUGUGGACGUUUGCUGGCGCGGAGAAGUUCGACGAGAUUGUGGACUACAUCCCGACCGAACCCACCCGGCCUCCGAUCCCAGGGACCAUAUACGAGGUUGUGCUCGGGCACUACCUCGAGUUCAACAAGCCCAGGUUUCGCGACUUGCUAGAGAGGUGGCCAACAUAUCUAUUCGGCGUCACGUCGGUGACGGCUGCUCUCGAGCGGCAGCUCAAAUACCGCGAUGUCCAAGAGGACAGUAUCGAGGACGGUGAGGUCGGCCGCGAUUGGCGUAUCGUGAUGGAGAGUCUUGCUAAGCUGCAUGAGGCCAACGGCCGAACCAGGGAAGCUCUGAGAUGUUACAUCAAACUCCAAGAUGCCGACUCGGCGAUGCGGUUGGUCAAAGAUGGCCACCUCGCGGAGGCAAUUACGGAUGACAUUCCGAGUUUCAUUGGGUUGCGCGUACCACAAGACCGCGUCAACAAGAUGACCCGCGCCGAGCUCGAAGAGGCAACCUCGGAAGCCAUCACGCUGCUUGUCGAUGAAGCCCAGCACGGACUGGUCAAGCCCGACGUUGUUGUUAACCAGCUGCAGGAGAAGAACUUGGCUGCGUAUACCUUUUUCUACAUCCGAGGUUUGUGGCGUGGCCAGGGCAUCCACCAACACCAUGGCGAGUCCCACGAUCGUCUCGUCUCGGACAGCAAAUCGCUAGUCGACAAUUUUGCCGACCUCACAGUCCAGCUCUUCGCCCUUUUCGACCAGUCGCUGCUUAUGGACUUUUUAAAGACGUCGACGGCAUACACGUUCGAGAAGGCUGUCGAAGAAUGCGAACACAAAAACUACAUCCCGGAACUUGUCUAUCUGUACUCCAAGACUGGCGAGAUGAAGCGGGCGCUGUAUCUCAUCAUCGACCGGCUCGGCGAUGUCAGCCGCGCCAUCGCGUUUGCCAAGGAGCAGGACGACCCGGAUCUGUGGGAGGAUCUGCUCAACUACAGCAUGGACAAGCCGCGCUUCAUCCGCGGCCUCCUCGAGGAGGUCGGCACAGCCAUCAACCCAAUCACCCUGGUGCGGCGGAUCCCCCAGGGCUUGGCCAUCGAGGGCCUGCGCGAGGGCCUGAAGCACAUCAUGAAGGAGCACGAGAUCCAGUUCAGCAUCAGCUCUGGCGUGGCGCGCGUGCUGCGCAGCGAGGUCGCCGCCGCCCAGAACCUCCUGCGCAACGGCCAGCGCCGGGGCGUCAAGUUCGAGGUUGAGGUGCACGCCGCCGACCACGUUGACGUCCAGCCCAAGGACGCGCCGGCACUAGAUCCGCACCAGGCGGACGGCAAACCAGCUGCCGGGGAUGAGGUGCCGGCCUCCGCAGAGGGCAGCGCUGCCGCUGCCAAGCCCCCCGGCGCGGCCAAGAAGUGGUCGCCGGGCCACUGCGCGCAGUGCUUCGAGCCGUUCGCCGCGUGGGAGACGGAGACGCUGGUCGGCUUCGCCUGCGGCCACGUCUUCCACCUCGCCCACCUGCUCGAGGCGCUCCGCCCCGGCCAGCCCGUCGACCGCGUCCUCCUCGACGGCGUCGCAGAGUACCGCUCCCACCGCAUCGGCGCGAAGGUCACGCACGCCCGGCUGCUGAGGGACCGCAUCAUGGGCGGCUGUCCGGUGUGCAAGGUCAAGGAGCCUCCUGCGUGAGCGGGCGCUGACUCCUAAGUAAUUCCAUGGAGAGGAGGGGAUGGUGGGUGGGAGUUGGAAGUUGUUUGGGGGCGCGGUCUUGGCUGUAAAUACUAGUUGGUACUAAUACGACACCGAUACUUAG